UUUUAAGCGGCGCUAGUAGUAGAAUUAUUGUUUUAUCUGGCAACUCUCAUCGUUCUGUCUAUUUCGUAUACUUCCCCACCCCUCACAUAUUUUUCUCCCCCUCUAUUACUCAUCAAUGGUCCGCUUUUAAUAGACGUGUUUAUUGUUUCGUUCCUGUUAAAAUUGCGAUUUAAAAUGGGUUUCUAGUAACCAAACGUUUGCACACCCCGUGUGCCUUCACACCAGAUAUCAAAAUGCUUGCCAACAUGGCGCCCUUACCGGACAGUUUUGUCCUGCUACAUCAAUCACCAAGUAAAUUGGAUUACGAUCCCUCUGCACCUGUAUUCGCACCUGUGGGGUUAAGUCAACAACUCGACAAUGAGUGCGAAUUUAUGGGACUCGGCUAUGGCUUCGGCCGACAGCCUACUCACUAACGAAGAUUGUUCGCUGCUGCUCGACAUCUUCAACGACGAUGAUGAUCUGCUCAAGACCCUACCAAGCGCUGCACCGAAGAUCGAGUACACCCAGUCGCCGCUGCAGGACGAGCUGUCCGCCAGCUUGUACCCGCCGUCGCCGCCGGAGGUCAAGCCCAGCCGCGCGGACCUCGCCAACGAUCUUCUGCAGCAGCUAGAAAACCAACGCAAACAAGAGAAUAUUUUUUCCAACUGGCUGGAAGAGAAGGUGGACCUCCCAAUUUUUGAAAAUAUCUCGCAAGUUCCGGAGCGUGUGGAGCCUCCUGCGCCACUCAUCGCGCCUCAGACCGGCUACACUGCACCCCAGCCUACGGAAGAACUAUUGCGCGAAUUCGAGACCGUGUAUGGCGUAGUGGAAUUGACGCACCUGACGCCACCGCAGAGCCCGCCCGGCCCUGCCACUCAGCUUCUUUUGAGUUACGCGCAACAAGCCCAGAGCGCUUCACUAUGCCCCGCGCUCCAGCUGGUUCCAAUCCAAGAUCAAUGGGCGAAUGAUGCGGCUUUGGUACCGCAACAGGCGCCCGUUGACUACGAGUGCGAUUUGGACGUAGACGAACUGGUCCACAACCGUGCCACCCAGCUAGCGUCUCCGUCGGUGUGCAGUCCCAACGCAUCUCCGCGCUCGUCGCCACCGUCGUCGCCGCGUUCGUCUUCCACUGACGAGGAGUGGUCGGCACCGUCUCGGCCCAAGCCGUACUCUCGCUCCGUAGACGAUCGUCGCUCCCGCAAGAAGGAACAAAACAAGAACGCGGCCACUCGUUACCGCCAAAAGAAAAAAGCGGAAAUCGAGGUGCUCCUUACCGAAGAGCAGAAUCUACGCCAACGUCAUUCCGAACUCGGCGACAAGUGCUCGGACUUGCAGCGUGAGAUUCGCUACAUCAAGGGUCUCAUGCGUGACCUAUUUAAGGCCAAAGGCCUUAUCAAAUAGAACAACAAGCGCCACCGCCUCCAGCGAUAGAAUACAAUCCGUACAGCGUGACAGCACAGCACGCUAAUGAAUAACGUUCUUAAGAAGUUAAGAGGAGUUCUUUAGAAUUAAUAUUUUGAUGAUUAAUUUUGUGUGUAAGCUAAAUGUAAAAUUCGGCUAUAAUAUUCGAUUUGUAUUACCAACGAGCAGAUCUGGUUCCACAUCGAGCAGCGUGUGUAACGUCUUCCGCCGAGGGAUACAAAUAACAUCAAUAAUGGCGCCCUAACUUCAUCUUUCAUUUUAUCAUUCAUUUAGAGGAUAGGUCGCAUUCAUUGUUAUGAAAUAUAUAUUAUAUAUUAUACUAUUUUUAUUGUACACAAUUAUCAACUGUUUUAAAAUUAUUGAUCAUGUAUGUACUUUAUGAACAUCUUUUACAAAAUCCUGUUUUGUUGGUAUUUCAUACAAUAUAGAGAAUGCGACGGCGUA